AUGACCAAGAGGAGGAUAUGCUGGGUCCCCAGGUCUUCUGGUGACCGUGUGAAUCUCGGCUUGGACAUAAGUGAUGGCAUGGUUUCAGGGCAUAGCUAUAAAGCCUACAAUAUUGACGACAGUCCUUGGAGCCAGCAGACCAAGAAGCCUGAGUCAGCCGUGGUGGCAGAUGUUCUUGCUUUGAGGAAGUAUGAGGCUGCCUGGAGAACCAUGCUGCCCUAUCGCCCCAAGCCCAAGUUUUCCACCUCCCACCCUCUGGAUGAUGCUGGCCUAUUCUCCUACCUCACGUCGGCGUGGCUCACCCCAUUCAUGAUCCAAGGUUCACAGAAACGCUUGGAUGCAAACAACAUCCCCCAGCUGUCAGUACAGGAAGGCUCAGCCAAAAAUGUGAAAAGGCUUUGCCGCCUCUGGGAAGAAGAAGUCUUACGGUACGGUCUUGACAAAGCGUCCAUGUUUCGAGUGAUGCUGAGGUUCACAAAAACGAGGCUUUUUAUCAACAUGCUUAUGGGUUGCUUCUUCUCUAUAGCAAGCAUGCUAGGGCCAGUGCUUCUGAUUCCAAGGAUCCUAGAAUAUUCUGAAGAGUGGACCGGGAAUAUUGCCUACGGAGUGGGAAUCUGCAUUGCUCUUUUUCUCCUCGAGUGUCUGAAGUCUCUGACUUUGAGCUCAUAUUGGACCAUUAACCAGUACACAGCCAUCAGGUUUCGCACUGCCAGCUCCUCCUUAGCCUUUGAGAAGUUAAUGAAAUUUAAGUCUCUAACUCACAUUUCUACGGGAGAGGUCAUCAGCUUCUUCACCAACGACGCAAGCUACCUGUUUGAGGGGGUGUACUAUGGCCCGAUGAUCUGGAUCGCCUUCGUAACGCUGGUUGCCAGCACCAUCACCACCUGCAUCAUUCUGGGACCCACUGCACUGACCGCCACUUUCUGCUAUCUCCUGGUUUUACCGCUGGAGGGACUCCUGACCACGAAGAUCCUAAAGCUACAGAAGAGUUCAUCUGAGGUCACCAGCCAGCGCAUUCGCCUGACCAGCGAGAUUCUCACCUCCAUUAAAAUGAUUAAAAUGUACUCAUGGGAGAAACCAUUUGCCAAAUUAAUUACAGACCUCAGAAAGAAGGAAAGGAAGCUAUUGGAGCGGUGUGGGUUUGUCCAGAGCCUGACCACUGUGUCCUUGUUCAUUACACCAACGGUGUCCGUCAUGCUGACAUUCCUCGUUCACACAGGCUUACGGUGGAAACUCACGUCGACAGUUGUGUUCACCACCGUGGCCGCCCUCAACUCCAUGCGACUGAUCGUGUUCCUGGUGCCCUUCUCUGUGAAAGGCCUCACCAACUGCAGGUCUGCCACAGACAGGUUUAAGAAAUUUUUUCUCCAGGAAACCCCUGUUUCAUACGUCCAGACAUUGACAGACCCCCACCAAGCGCUGCUUCUGAAGGAUGCCACCUUGUCAUGGAGAAAAUUCUGCCCUGGGGCUGUUAAUGAGGCAUUUGAACCAGAGAGAAAUGGACAUCACCCUGAAGGAAUGACCAGGACACCCCAUCCUCUCGGGGCCGCCAGACCAGAGGACAGAGGAGAAAACAUAGGCCCAGAACUGUGCAAAUUAAACUUGCUGGUGCCAAAGGGAACCGUAUUAGGCGUUUGUGGCAACACCGGGAGUGGCAAGAGCAGCCUGCUGUCAGCCAUUCUGGGGGAGAUGCACUUGAUGGAAGGUUCGAUGGGGGUGCACGGAAGCCUGGCCUAUGUCCCCCAGCAGGCCUGGAUCAUUGAGGGUACCAUCAGGGAAAAUAUCCUCCUUGGAGGCCAAUACAACAAUGCUAGGUACCUCCAGGUGCUCCAUUGCUGUUCCCUGAUCCAGGACUUAGAAAUUCUGCCCUUUGGAGACAUGACGGAGAUUGGGGAGCGGGGCAUCAAUAUCUCCGGGGGGCAGAAGCAGCGGGUCAGCCUGGCCCGCGCUGUCUACUCAGAUCGUGACAUCUUACUGCUGGAUGAUCCCCUGUCAGCGGUGGACGCACAUGUGGGGAAGCACAUCUUUGAGCAGUGCAUUAAGAAGAUGCUGCAGGGAAAGACAGUGGUCCUGGUUACCCACCAGCUGCAGUAUUUAGAGUUUUGUGACCAGAUCAUUUUGCUAGAAAAUGGGAAAAUCUGUGAAAAAGGAACUCAUAAUGAGCUACUGCAGAAACAUGGGCGAUACACCCAACUCAUCCAGAAGACCUUCCAGGAAUCCACACAGGCCGAGAUGAAGGACACAUCAGGGAAAGCAGAGGAGCUGGUGGAAGCUCAGACGCAGACCAACUCCCAGGAGGAGCCUGCCAAGGAGACUUCUGACCCAGGGAUAGAAAAUAAGAUCAUAAAGGAGGAGUACAUAGAAGAAGGGCUCCUGAAGUGCAGUGUCUAUCACCACUACAUCCAGGCAGCUGGAGGUUACUUGGUCUUUAUGAUGAUUUUCCUUCUCAUGCUGCUGGUCGUCUUCCUCACAAUCUUCCACUUCUGGUGGCUGAGCUACUGGUUGGCGCAGGGCUCCGGGACCAACAGCAGCAGAGAGAGCAACAGGACCACCGUGGAGCCUGGGGACAUACUGGACAAUCCUCAGCUGCCCUUUUACCAAAUGGUGUAUGGCCUCAUUGCUGUGGUCCUCCUGUGUGUGGGAUUCUGUUUCUCUAUCCUAUACACCAAGGUCACCAGGAGGGCAUCCACAGUUUUGCACAAUAAACUCUUCCGAAAGGUUUUCCGCUGUCCCAUGAGUUUCUUUGACACCACCCAAACAGGCCAACUCCUGAACUGCUUUGCUGGGUACCUGGAUGAGGCGGACCAGUUCUUGCCUAUAGUUGCAGAGCAGAGCCUGCUCCUGUCUUUGGUGGUGGUUGGCGUCGUGCUGAUUACCAGCCUGCUCUCUCUCUAUACCCUGUUGAUAGCAGCUAUCAUCAUCAUCAUUUCUUACAUUUAUUAUACGAUGUUCAGGAGGGUCAUCAAUAUGUUCAAGAGACUGUUCAACUACAGCUCCUCCCCUAUUUGCUCCCACAUCCUCAGCUCUCUGCAAGGCCUGAGCUCCAUCCACGUCUAUGGGAAAAUUGAAGAUUUUAUCAGCAGAUUCCAAAUGCUUGUCGACACACAGAACAGCUACCUGGUGAUGUUUCUGUGCUCUGCACGCUGGGUGGCACUGAGGACAGAGUUCAUGACCAACCUAGUGACCUUGGCUAUAGCCUUGUUUGUGUCUUUUGGCAUUUCUUCUGCCCCCAGUUCCUAUAGAGCCCUGACUAUCAGCCUCGUGCUACAGCUGGCAUCUAACUUCCAGGCUGCUGUCAGGAUUAGUUCGGAGACAGAAGCGUACUUCACAAGUGUGGAGAAGAUGCUGCAGUACAUGAAGGGCUGUGUCCCUGAGGCUCCUUUACAUGUGGAAGGUGCGAGUUGUCCCCCUGGGUGGCCCCAAUGUGGAGAAAUCACAUUUCAGGAUUACCAGAUGAAAUACAGAGAGAACACACCUGUGGUCCUCAGAGACAUCAACCUGAAGAUCCGGGGGCAAGAAGUGGUGGGCAUCGUGGGAAGGACGGGCUCUGGGAAGUCCUCCCUGGGCGUAGCCAUCUUCCGCCUAGCAGAGCCUCUGGCCGGCCGGAUUCUCAUUGACGGCGUGGACAUCUGUAGCAUUGGCCUGGAGGACCUGCGCUCCAAGCUCUCAGUCAUCCCUCAGGAUCCCAUCUUGCUCUCGGGAACCAUCAGAUUCAACCUAGACCCCUUCAACUGCUACACAGACCAGCAGAUCUGGAAAGCCUUGGAGAAGACGUACCUGAACAAAAUAAUCUCCAAGCUCCCCCAGAGGCUGCACACGGAGGUGGCGGAGGAUGGCAAGAACUUCUCCGUGGGGGAGCGGCAGCUGCUCUGCAUCGCUCGGGCCCUCCUCCGAAACUCCAAGAUCGUCCUUAUUGAUGAGGCCACAGCCUCCGUUGAUGUGGAGACAGAAGCCCUGAUCCAGAACACAAUCCGGGAGGGCUUCCGGGGCUGCACAGUGCUGGUCAUCGCACACCGCCUCACGACUGUCCUCAGCUGUGACCGCAUCCUGGUCAUGGGCAAUGGCAAGGUUAUAGAGUUCGACAGGCCUGAUGUCCUGCAGAAGCGGCCUGGCUCCGUGUUUGCAUCCCUGCUGGCAUCUGGGAGUUCAGUGAGCAAAGACAAGUCGGAGGAGGCUGCGGGUGGACAGAAGGCGGAGCUAGCGGAGGUUCCCAGAGAACAGUUGUGA